CCCGCGUUUUCGGUUUGGCGAUGGACGUCACAUCACCCUUGAGGCUCACCGAUCCCGAGCAGCGGACUGGUAUACUGAGUGAACUUUUAUGCCUGUUUGACAGAUCUUUCCAGCCCGUCAACUACUCGAGUAAACCAUUCUUAAAGAGUGUGACAUGGAGCCUGGAGCCGGACGAAACAAGGUAUCGAAGCGAUCCUCGAAUGCCUGCGUGAGGUGCCGCCGUCAGAAGAUCAAAUGCUCUGGCUCUCAGCCGUGUGAUGCCUGUGGCAAGCGGAGACAGUCGUGUAUCUUUGACGAGAGAGACCAGCGGAUUGUCGUCACCAGAGGAUAUAUCAUCGACCUUCAACAGAGGAUCGAACGGUGGGAAAGGAGCCAGAGCACCAAUGAGCCUACCCUUGCCUCGGUCGAGGGCGGACCUCGUGCCAGCAAAGCAAGAAACAGUGAGGGCGAUGUUGAUAUUCCCAUGAGGGAUGACUCAAGCGGCGGCCCAAAUGCUGCAGAGAGUACACAAGAGAAAGGCAGCGCGGAAGCCCGGCACAAACCACCGCCAGUAGAUCCCGUUGCUUCCACCCUGACCAACCCUCUAUCGACCGGCCAGUCCGAGUACACAACAGCCCCGGAUGGAAGGAUACUGUACCUCGGGACGUCUUCGAAUUGGUCCUUCGUGCGCCGCCUCCUCAGCAUCACGCACCAGCACGUCAACAAGACCCCCUUGCCGACCAACGCCCUUCUUUUUGACGCCACGGCCUACUCUCUGGACUGGAAUGGCUACAGGACCGGAGAUGCGCCAGAGAUGCCGGCUCUCCCGACGCAAGACUACGCCAUCUACCUCGUCAACGCCGUCAAGUUCCACUGCGGCCAGAUGUUCCACCUCUUUGACGAAGAAACCUUCAUGAAGUCGCUUGGCCACUUUUACUCGGACCCCAAUCCGAGGCCGGACCCGACUGAUCUAUGGUUCAUCCACUAUCUCCUCAUCCUCUCGUUCGGGAAGGCCUUCACCACGAAGACGAGCCGCGGUAGAAGGCCUCCGGGCCACGACUUCUUCGUCAAGGCGAUGCAGCUGCUCCCGGACCUGGUUGUCCAGCUGCGAGAACCGGUGCUGUCUACCGAGAUUCUUUGCUGCGUUUCCCUGUACAUGCAAUGCAUCGACUUCAGGCACCAUUCAAAUAACUUUAUAGGCCAGGCUCUCCGGUUCGCACUCGGGGAAGGCAUGCAUACAGAUAUGCCGGCACAGCAGCUUGGAGAGUCGCACGUCGAAAGAUGUCGCAGGCUGUGGUGGACGGUGCAUAUCCUGGACAGGGAGAUGACAUCCUUGUUUGGACUGCCUCCGUCGAUCCAUGAUGAUUACGUCCUGUGCCAGCUCCCGACCUACUCAGGGUCCGUACAACGGACGGCCGCCCUCCGCAUGCGGGUCAGGCUCUCCGGCGUGAUAGGGAGCAUCAACAGGAAGGUUUACGGUCUCGACGGGAGACUGAACAAUAAGUUCAUGCUCGGUACCAAAGAAGUGCUCGCCAGCGUCGCGGAAGUCGCCGACGAGCUCCAACAGUCCUUUGCGCUGCCGCUGGAGAAGGACACAAGCUGCGUCUCAAGAACGUCGGCCCACCUUCACCUCCUUCACCAUCAAUGUAUCGUGCUCGCCACCAGACCGUUGCUCUUCUGCUUCCUGAAGAUCCGCUUCGAGUCCCAGAGCAAAUGCACAGAGCUCCUGGGUUCCUCUCAGACGGUCCGAAACUUGAUCCAGAUGUGCAUCGACUCCUCGCAGCAAAUGGUGUCCAUCUUGGAUUGUCUUCAGUCACAAGGGCUGCUAGAGACUUUUCUUCCUUUCGACCUCGAGGCAAUAUUCAUCUCCGCUAGCAGUCUGUUGCUAGGUCCCGCGAUAGACCCGGAGUGCUUCGGGUGCCUUGAUUCCUCGCUGGAGAAGGUCUACGCGGUCUUUGACGAGAUGAUCAUGGCCGGGAACGCCAUCGCCAAGUUCCGGAAGUCGGAGCUGCAGCAGCUGGAAAGCAUGCUGCAACAGCUCACUCCGUGGCCGUCCCAGGCCUCGGAGCAGGCGACUCUCGUAGGCGACGCGGGGCAGACGCAACCUCGCGAGGACGCAAGCCCUCCGGACACGGUCAUUUCGUCAAUGACGACAGACCCUUCGCAGCACGAGAGCUAUUCGUCCUCGAUACCGGGGACCAUGGACGAUAUGAGCUAUGAUAGCGGUCUCACGAUGGCGCAGUUGCUGGAUAUGGCGAACUCCAUUGAGCAGGAGGACUCGGAGUGGAUGUCUCAGACGAUAGUUGAGCAUAGCAUCUGGUAGCCCAGGAACCAAAAGUUGUUUCGGCGAUGUCUUCUUCCCUUUCCCAUUGCCCGAAUUC